GGGCUUUUCCUCCACGUCACCAACCGGCAGCACUUCGGGCACCUCCUGGUGACCCACGGCUACAACACCUCCCGCAGGCACCCCGAGCUCUGGGAGAGGACCCGCAACCCCUGGAACUACACCCCCAAGGUGGGCGAGGCCGGCACCGCCCGCGCCAUCCGCCGCGCCUUCCGGGCCUGGGCGGCCGCCGCCCCCGCCCUGCGCUUCCGGGAGGUGCCCUACGGCGCCAUCCGGGCCGGCGCCGCCCCCCAGGCCGACAUCAUGAUCCUCUUCGCCGAGGGCUUCCACGGCGACAGCACCCCCUUCGACGGCGAGGGCGGCUUCCUGGCCCACGCCUACUUCCCGGGCCCCCACAUCGGCGGCGACACCCACUUCGACGGCGCCGAGCCCUGGACCGACCGCAACGACGACCUCAGCGGCAACGACCUGUUCCUGGUGGCCGUGCACGAGCUGGGCCACGCCCUGGGCCUGGAACAUUCCAGCGACCCGUCGGCCAUCAUGGCCCCCUUCUACCAGUGGAUGGACACCGAGGCCUUCCAGCUGCCCGACGACGACCGGCGCGGCAUCCAGCAGCUCUACG